ACUCGCCUCCCCAGGAGUCAAGGAACAGACCACCUCGUGGAAUUAAUCAAGUGGACUCCUCAGGGAGCCCCCAACCUGACCCAGGCCAGCACUGGCCUAGGCUACCUGCUGAGGGACCACAUGGAGGGGAAGAAUGGCACCAACUCCACCAGGGCCCUGAAACUUCCAGAUGGGACCAGCGCUGCCUGGUACAUUCUGACCAUCAUUGGCAUCUACGGAGUGAUUUUCCUCUUCCGAUUGGCCAGCAACAUCCUCAGAAAGAAUGAUAAAUCUUUAGAAGAUAUCUACUACUCAAAUUUGACCUCCGAACUCAAAAAGAAAAAUCUCCAAAGCAAGGUGGCCAAGUGCUCUGCACUGACCUUUAGCAACAGAGCUGUCCUACAGUCCAACCAGGCCAGCCUGGAACCAAAAUGCAAAAACAGUGGGUGCCAAACUGAAAUCCAAGGGAUCCCUUGAAGGUCAAGGCAAACAGACCUCCACAGAAGAGGCCCAAGUUUCAUGCAAGGGGGAGAAGCCUUGAGUCUACCUGGAACCUUGAUAGAGGGGUCAAGUCCUUGAGUGGAGCUAGAAGAACAUUACUGGGGCACUUAUGCCGAUGGGAGCAUGGCCAAAAGCCAGCGUCCUGUUUCCUUCUCAGGCUUUGUGGCACUUUGAGACGAGACAGCAGAGGAAGUGGCUCCAGUCAUACCCAUCGCUGGAAGAGCCUGUGUCCCAGAGAAGGACAUGAAGCAUCUAGUGUCCUCAGAGAAUCUAGGAGAUUCCCGAGGGUGUACGUGAAGGUGGACUCUUGUCAUGGAAAGAAGGCUGAAUUUGGAGUCAAGCACCCUGGAUUAAAGUUAAACUUCCAGAGGAUCACAUGAACUUUGAGUGACUUGUGGCUCUUACCUGGAACACAUGGCAGUGGGAUAGAUGGUUUCAAAGAGCCAUUCGUUCUAGAGGUUCUCACUAGAACAUAGAACCAAGGUUGUUAAUAGCAGACGUUAGUCAGAAGUCCUUCAUUUUCACUGAGGGUGUGUGAUCCACUGAAAAAAAGCAUUCGUUUUGGAGGUGGAGGCAUCAAACUCUAGUCUGGGUUUGAUUUUUGACCACUUUGGCGUCCUUCAACACACCACCUCGCCUCUCUGGAACUUAGCUCCCACACAGAUAAAAUGAGAAUGAUGAUGUCUGUUUUGCCAAUCUUACAAAGCGGGUAAGAGCUAAUGGCAUCACGCAUAUGAGCAUAUUUUUCCAAGUAAAGUACAUAUGUAAA